AUGUAUAAACAUGAAGAUCGGGAAGCAGCUGGCACAGCGCUUUUUAUAAUGUCGUUAGUGUGUACGGCUUUGACGUCUGUUUGUCUGCUAACAUUUUGUACCCGGAAGCAUUGUUUGGUCGUUCUUCCGGAAUUAUCCCUACUUUUUUGCUCCGUGUCUUUCGCAGUCUCUGCCAUCGUAUAUCUGUUUUCGCUCCUUUAUAGGGAUCAGAUUUCAUGCAUGGAGUACAAUUCAAAACUGAUUUUCGUGGUGACUGGCGUGCAACACAUCCCUUGCACAACAGUCGCUAUAUUUCUGUACUAUUUCGGCACAACCGGGCGUUUGUGGUGGUUCGUACUGUGUUGCACUUGGAAUAGAUACACGCAAAGGCAUCAGCAAAAUUUGGUUAGUGCUUAA